GGAUGGACUGAUGGAGGUGUGGCCGGAGGGGGCUGGACCUGGCUGGGACCGGGACGGAGAGGCCCGGAACCGCACAGCCUCAGGCUUCGUACUCGUGGGAGCCCCGCGGGAUCCCGUUCAGAUGUGGAGGACUGAGGCCUGUUGAAAAUAUAGGGCUUGGCUCUGGCCCCCUCUGCACCCAGGAGCUCCAUGCAAAUGCCACAGGAUGGAGAGGACCUUGCCCGCCAGCCCUGGUACCACGGCCCCCUGUCCCGCCAGAAGGCUGAGGCUCUUCUUCAGCAAGAUGGCGACUUCCUCGUUCGUGCCUCCGGGUCCCGUGGGGGCGGCCCUGUGCUCUCCUGCUGCUGGGGGGGCUCCGUCCUGCACUUCGAGGUGCUCCGUGUGGCCCUGCGCCCCCGGCCAGGCCGGCCCACUGCCCUCUUUCAGCUGGAAGACGAACGCUUUCCCAGCCUGCCCGCCCUGGUUCGCAGCUACGUGGCUGGUCGGCGCCCACUGUCCCAGGCCACCGGGGCCGUGGCCUCCAGGCCCGUGUCCCGGCAGGGGCCUCUGCGGCGCAGCUUUAGUGAAGACACCCUGGUAGACAGCCCAGCUCGGGUGGAGUCGCUCAGGGCUAGGAAGUGGAGUGACAGUCAACCUGCAGGAUUGGAGCAUGUGGGGCGGCCAAGAAAGGACAACUCUGGACCAGGAGCAAUGCUGGUGUCUGCCCUGCUCCGGACCGGCAGUGACCCCACAUUGCUGAAAGCUGGGGCUUCCCUGCGGGCCACUGCAGACGGUCUCAGGGCCUCCGAUGGGCAGCUUCAUGCCAAGGCGCCAGACAAGCCUCCCCGGACACCCUCACUGGUGCUGCCUGAUGUCACUGAACGUCCCCCAGUGUACUGUGAGCUCGUGCCCCGCAUGCCCAGUGCCCAGCGAACACUCCCUGGCCAAGGCUGCCCAGAGCCGGACAUCCCAUGGUGGGAAAUCCAUGAAGAGGAAGACAAGGAGGACAGAAGUUUUAGGAGACCACAAGCAGAGGUCUCUUUCUGUCGCCCUUACAACCCCUCCGGUCUGCUGGGCCCACAGAACAGGCCCCUGGAACCCGGGGUCCUGCGUAUUCUGCGGGGUCUGUUCCUGGAGCACCAUCCUGGGAGCACGGCCCUCCAUCUGCUGCUGAUGGACUGCCAGGCUGCAGGUCUCCUGGGAGUGACCAGCACUCGUCAUCAGGUCAUGGGGGUCGGCUCUGGCCUGGAGCUGCUCACACUUCCCCACGGGCAUUGCUUGAGGUUGGAACUGCUGGAGAGGCACGAGGCACUGGCGCUGGCCGGGGCCCUGGCGGUGCUGGGCUGCGCGGGGCCGCUGGAGGAGCGAGCGGCCGCGCUGAGGGGCCUGGUGGAGCUGGCGCUGGCACUCGGGCCAGGGGCGGCGGGGGAUCUGCCCGGGCUGGCUGCAGUCAUGGACGCCCUGCUCAUGCCCCAGGUGUCCCGGUUGGAGCGCACGUGGCGCCAGUUCCGACGGAGCCACACGGAGGCGGCGCUAGCUUUCGAGCAGGAGCUGAAGCCGCUGAUGCGGGCGCUGGACGAGGGCGCGGGCCCCUGCGAGCCCGGCGAGGUGGCGCUGCCGCACGUGGCACCCGCGGUGCGCCUGCUGGAGGGCGCGGAUCCGCCGGGACCGCUGGACGAGAGCUGCGAGCGGCUGCUGCACACCCUGCAAGGGGCGCGCCAGAUGGCCCGGAAUGCGCCCAAAUUCCGCGAGGUGGCGGCCCGGCGCCUGCGAGGAUUCCGGCCAAACCCGUUGCUGAGAGAGGCCCUGACCACCUGCUUCGUGCGGCGGCUACUCUGGGGGAGCCGGGGUGCGGGGGCGCCGCGGGCCGAGCGUCUUGAGAAGUUCCAGCGAGUCCUUAGCGCCCUGUCGCAACGCCUGGAGCCGGACGGCUGAAAACGCAGCCCCUUUCUUCAUGCCCGGGAAACCCAGACUUCUAGGAACCUCCGACAGAGACCAAGGAAGUGGCCCCAGGCCCCUCACACAGCCACCCGUGGUGGGGACCUCACUACUGCCUCACAUGUGGGGGGAUCAGGCAGCCUUUUCCCCCAUGCCAGAAGACCCAGGUGCCUGGAUGCACUGGAUACCACGCCCCACCCCCCCACCCCCACACACACGCACCUGGGACACCUAAGAAAGCACAGAUGGUGAACAUGAGUUCAGUCUGUCUCCAUCCCUUGAAAGCUGUGUGAUUUUCCAUAGGUUGCUCGUCCUCUCUGUGCCUGCCUUCACCAUAAAAGUGAGGCACUUUCCCAGGGUUGUUGUGGGGAUUAAAGCUCAAUGUUUAAAUGA